GCCGCUCGCUGCAGCCGCCGGUGGUGCCGCGACGGGGCGGGGAGGGCAGAGCCGGGCCGGAGCCUCGGGCGGCCGCUGCCUGCGAGCAAGAGAGCGAGCGAGCGAGCGGGGAGGGCGGGGGCGCCGCCGCCGGACCCUGCCGCCGGCCCCCCGCCGCCCCGUCUGGGCUGCCGCCGGGACCGUCCUUGGCGCGGCCGCCGGCCAGGGAGGCAGAAGCGCCGGUCGGCGGCGCCCCCCGGCGGGCCCGCGUCCCUCGGGGCGCCCUGCGGGCUCCUCCGCCUUGGCGCGGCCGGGGGCGCCUUGGCGGGCGAGGGCGGCGCGGCCGUCGAGGGCCCGGCGAGUGAGCGCCCGCGCCGGCGGGCCGCCUAUGCGGUGAGAUGGCGGCGGAGCUGGCGCUGAGCGCGGCGGACCUGCCCAGCAGCCCGCUGGCCAUCGAGUACGUCAACGACUUCGACCUGAUGAAGUUCGAGGUGAAGAAGGAGCCGGCCGAGGCCGAGCGCUUCUGCCACCGCCUGCCGCCGCCGGGCUCGCUCUCGUCCACGCCGCUCAGCACGCCCUGCUCCUCCGUGCCCUCCUCGCCCAGCUUCUGCGCGCCCAGCCCCGGCGGCCAGCCCGCGCCCGGCCUGGGCCACCCGCCCGGCGGCGGCGGCGGCGGCCCGGCGGGCGCGGGCGGCAAGGCGCAGCUGGAGGACCUCUACUGGAUGUCCAGCUACCAGCACCACCUCAACCCGGAGGCGCUCAACCUCACGCCCGAGGACGCCGUGGAGGCCCUCAUCGGCGCGCCGCACCCGCACCACCACCACCACCACCACCACCACCACCACCCGGCCGCCUACGAGGGCUUCCGCGGCGCGCAGCCCUUCCCGGGCGACGAGCUGGCGCCGCCCGCCGCGCACCACGGCCACGGCCACCACCACCACCCCGCGCACGCGGCCCACGGCCACGGCCACGCGCACGCCGGCCACGCGCACCACCUGCGCCUGGAGGAGCGCUUCUCCGACGAGCAGCUGGUCUCCAUGUCGGUGCGCGAGCUCAACCGGCAGCUGCGCGGCUUCAGCAAGGAGGAGGUCAUCCGCCUCAAGCAGAAGCGCCGCACGCUCAAGAACCGCGGCUACGCCCAGUCGUGCCGCUACAAGCGCGUCCAGCAGCGGCACAUCCUGGAGAGCGAGAAGUGCCAGCUGCAGGGCCAGGUGGAGGCGCUCAAGCAGGAGGUGGCCCGCCUGGCCAAGGAGCGCGACCUCUACAAGGAGAAGUACGAGAAGCUGGCCGGGCGCGCCUUCGCCGCCGCCGCCGCCGCCCCCCGCGAGGCCCCCGCCCCGCCGCCGCCCGGCUCCGCCGCCGCCGCCGCCAAGCCGCCCGCGGACUUCUUCCUGUGAGCGCCCCGGCCCGGCGGCCCGCCCUGUAAAUACCCGCGCCGGAGCGCGGCCCGACAGCCCGUGGACAGCAGCCGGCGCGGCCGC